AUGGGCCUUGGAGGUAACUCGGUGCAGAAGCCACGCCACUCGCGGCACCGGAGUGAUGAAAGAGUUUCGAUGUCGGGCAAGCCGGCCGGGGCAAAGAGCGAACAUGACAGGCGGGAAUGGACAGAUCGGGUCGAGGCACCGACCUUGAAUGACGAGUACAGCGUUUUCGCUGUCAAAUUUGAAGAGAUGGACAACUGGCGGGCCUUUGAUGGAAAUUAUAUGCGAAAGGUUUAUGUGGAAAUCGAAAUUGAGACCGAGGGGCGUGUCAGGGCAAUCCUGCUCCAUGGACGCCUUCCUGUCAAUUUUGAAUCUGCUUUGAGGGCUAGCGAGCCUGUGCAGAUUCUUGACACGGAGGGUCGCGAGACCACCAUUUUGCUGUAUCGUGGCAUGCGAUGGGUUGACGUCGAGAGGUUCAAAGAUAUGCCUGCAGGUGACAACACGGUGAAUGGGAAGACUUCGGAGAAAGGGGAGCUGUUGUCUCGUCAUCGCUUUCAAGAACGGACGAGGAGCGUCGUUGAGGGUUGCUUCCGUGAAGCGCGGUGUCUACUUCGAGCCCAAAUAACUCUUCUUGGAGCGGGGAUUGCCACCAAGAAACGUGACGGUGCCGUCGUCACACUUUAA